GACGUCCGCUAUAGAGUGGACGGGGGAUAAUGCGCACGCAGGCGCCUUCACAGGCCAGCUGGGCAAUUGAGGAUCAGGGAAGUGAUCCCACGCCAUGUCCUGGCGAAGGCCUCCUGCCCAGCUGGGCCGGGUACCCGGGUCUCCAUACUAAUUAGCCCUGGUGCUGCCCCGCCCACUCCGCGGCUCGGGAAGAUGCGGCCCCUGCGCCCUCCCCAUCCCCCGCCCCGGCCCCACCCGUUCCCGGUGAUGGCGGCACAGCGAUCACAGCCCGUGAGGGUGCUGGUGGACAUGGACGGCGUGCGGGCAGACUUUGAGGCCGGCCUCCAGCGCGACUUCCGCCGCCGCUUCCCUGGGGAGCCGCACGCGGCGCUGGACGAGCGCCAUGGUUCCCUCGCCCGCGAGCAGUACGGAGGAGCACUGCGGCCCGACCUGGCGGUGGGCAACGGGCGAGGGCGCAGCGGGGGCCGCCCGGGAGUGGAGAGCCGGUCCCCGCACAUCAUCCAGUGUAAAUACCUGCCACUCAGGAGACUCACCUUUAAAGCGGCUGAAAAGGCCCCACUUGGGGAGAAGCAGCUCAGUGGAAGCUAUGCUGCUUGGCUACGCUGA